GCAUAUGUCGAAAAUCUCAAUCCAAUCGCGUAUUGAUUGGUUGUCCACGGAUCGUUGCAAGAAAGAAGUGCCCAUUUGAGUUCUGGGGUUGCUGGUAGAUCUGCUGCUGCAUUUGCAGUUUUCACUGGAACAUGGGGAAUAAUCAAUCAUACUACUUCUAAAUAAUAUUUAGUAAAUAUGAUGGUUGGUUCAGCAGCUUUCCACCCCAAAUUCUUCCCAUUCCCAGUAUCCCAGGUGGGCCCCACAGCAGCCCACCUCAUCACCAACGCUGCCGCUCUCCGCCUGGGUGACUUCCUUCGCCACCGCAUCGACCUGCACUUUCUUCUUCCCUCCGCACCCUUCUCCCCCAACUUCAAGAGCAUAUUUGACCUUGGCUAUUUGCCUUUCUUGAGGGAUCUUUGGAAUGAAAGGGCCAACCUAUAUUCUGGUUCCAAAAUUCUCCAGUGGACACAUGACUCUAUAUCUUCCACAUGUAUGGCAUUAUAUUUCUUUAAUAGUGGUGAAGAUGAAAACGACUCAAGCCAUGUUAGGAAGACAUACUCAAAACCUUCUAGAAGAUCCUCAUUCAACGGAAGGAAAUGGACCAACAUCCUCUUAGCUGCUAAUGUUUUAAUCUAUGUAGCACAAAUUGCAACUCAAGGAAAGCUAUUAUUUUGGGGUGCCAAGAUUAAUAGUCUAAUUGAUAAAGGGCAACUUUGGAGGCUAGCCACAUCGUCCUUUUUGCAUGCCAAUAUCGGGCAUCUCAUGGUUAAUUGCUAUUCUUUAAACUCUAUUGGUCCUGCAGUCGAGAACAUUAGUGGUCCUAGAAGAUACCUUGCUGUUUAUAUCACAUCUGCAAUUGCAAGUUCUGCAAUGAGCUAUUGGCUAUCUAAAGCACCUGCAGUGGGCGCAUCUGGAGCAAUAUUUGGAUUAGUUGGAUCUUUUGCUGUUUUCGUCUUGAGGCAUAAGGGCAUGAUGAAGGGCAGCGAGCAAGAUUUACGACAUAUAAUGAAUGUGGUUGUUCUAAAUAUGGCAAUUGGGGUUUUGUCUAAAGGCAUUGAUAACUGGGGACACCUUGGAGGCUUAAUAGGUGGUGUUGCAACCUCAUGGUUUCUUGGUCCUGCUUGGAAGCUGGAGUCCAUUUCUAAUGAUGGCCAUGAAGUUUUUGCUGACAACGCACCCAUUUUUACCGUCAUUAAGCAUACAAGAAAUAGCAAUAGCUGAAAUCAGUCAUUUGUAUUGAGGGUUGUUCCAUGAACGUUACAUCAACUUUGAUUUAGGUUUUUGUCUUGAAUUUGAAUCUUAGAGAUCAGGAUGGAAGGUUUUAGUACUGUAGGUAAGAUUAUGAAUUAAUUUGUAUGUACUGGGAGGUAGUAUGUUUGUGGAACCUUGGUGGCUGCUUUGAAAUAAAGUGUGUUAUUGGUUUGCUGUAAA